AUGAAUUCUAACGGAGAAGAGAAGCUUCUUUUUCUUGAUGAUGGAGAUUUGAAGAUUCCCGAAGAAGAUGAAAAUGAAGAAUUCUGGAAUUUCAAACGAACACUUUUCGUGAAGCAGCAGUAUUUUAAAAACGCGAUGAAAAGUGGCAAGAAAUUGGAACUUUCCGACGACGAAAAUGUAGAAAAAGAAUCAGAACUUGUGCUGGAGAAUUUUCAUUCUGGCCAGCCGAAGGAAUUCUUCACGAAUAGACUUUGCUCAAACGCGAAAAUUGAAACCAUCAAGCUCAAAAUUGAAGGAGCUUCUUACUUAGUUCCUGGAAAUGCGCGGUUCAUCCUCGCCGACGUGGAAAAAGUGGUCUUCGAUGAAAAGUUCGACGUUGUCUAUUUGGAUCCGCCAUGGAAGAACAAGUCCGUUUCGAGAGGAAAAAGUACUCGACGAAUUCGAUGA